AUGCCUACCCCGAAACAGCCCAAGAGCCCACUGGGCACAAGCGAGAGCCAGGCCACAAUUGUGCCUUUAGAGGAUGAUGGCAAGCUCGCAGAUGAAAGGUCUCUGGGUCCCUGCGCGCCAGAGGUGGUGGCUGCUGGGCCAGCACUGGAGGCGCUGAUGCAGCUUUGCCAUGAGGGCACUCCGCUGACAGCACUUCGAACAGUCAGCCGUAGCUUCUGCUCUGCCUCAGAGCGGGUGGGACGCACUGGGAAUCUGCCCAAGUGGCCCUUGGUCCUGAUGAUCACCACUGAUGACUUUGUCAGCAAGCAUCGACCUGUUGAACCGGAAUUUGUCAUCGACUUUGAACGUGGUGAAGCUGCUAUCUGCAGCUACACAGUUUACAGGGACACGCAGGAGCAUCAAGAGCAGAAGGAGAAAGUUGAGGUGCCUUGUGCCUUAGCGGCCGACUUUGUGCGCAAGUUGGGCCGGCUGCACCAUGGCCAUGGCGCGGAGAGCCAGCUCUGGGCCCUUCCGAAAUUGCAGCGGAGAGCAACGCUCAACCUUAACAUGACGCCGGAGGAGUAUGCUUGGAGCAGCAUGCAGGUCGCCAUGCAAUGCGAUCCGCGAGCUUCAAAGCGGCUUGUCCUGCUGGAUGCCAGAGAAAAGGUAAUACUGAAACACACGUUCUUGGAUCCUGAUUUUGUCCUGCCUCAGCCUGGUCGAGGAGUCUUCCGAAAGGUUGACAAGAAAGGCAUCCAUUGUGAUCGUGUGCACAGAUGGUUGCUGCGCCAGCUUCGCGACCUAUGUGGGAAUCCUAAUGUCAUCGUCGACAACUGCCGCUUCACCUUGCAGCCCUCCGUACCGAUUGGGCUGCCCGUUGCCUGCGGUGGAUUUGCGUCUUUGCCGGACAUUUUUGUUGACUGA